GAUGUUAACUUUGAGCAGUUCGAGCCUGGUAAAAUCUCUGAUCACUAGCCCUAGAACUCGUUAAUCGACGCUGAAUUUCAAGUUCCUCGAAUUCAGGAUUUCGGAGAUUGGUAAUGCGCGAGUUGAUCCGUCUCUUUGGUGGUUUUUGAGGCUGAUUCGAGUCAGUACAGAGCUGAAUUCAACAGGCUGCGGAGUCUUCUGUCUUAAUUUUGCAGCUAUAGGUUAUAUCACAGCAUAUUUUAGAAUUUUCGUCGGUUUCUUUAGCAGUUCGUUUGGUUUGGAGAUAGAAGAUGGCGCAGAGUAACUGGGAGGCAGAUAAGAUGCUCGAUGUGUACAUUUAUGAUUACUUGGUGAAGAAAAAAUUACAUGCCACGGCUAAGUCUUUCAUGAAUGAAGGAAAGGUCGCUCCAGAUCCAGUAGCAAUUGAUGCUCCUGGAGGUUUUUUGUUCGAAUGGUGGUCUGUAUUCUGGGACAUAUUUAUAGCAAGGACAAACGAGAAACAUUCGGAACCUGCUGCAGCAUAUAUAGAGGCACAACAAAUUAAAUCGAAGGAACAACAACUGCAGAUACAACAACUGCAGCUUAUGCGUCAAGCUCAGUUACAACGAAGGGACGGUGCUCACCCUUCACUCGGUGGUUCACUGAAUGCUGUUAAUUCUGAAGGAAUGCUAGUGCAACCAACAGCAACUGCUCUGGCAGCAAGAAUGUAUGAGGAGCGCAUGAAAAACCCUAAUGCAAUGGAUUCAGAGACAUCCCAGCCACUGCUUGAUGCAAGGGUGGCCCUCAUGAAACCAUCUACAAACCAUCCAGGACAGUUAGGAAACUCUGGAAGUGUGAAUGCAGCAUUACAGCAGAUGCAGGCCCGAGCUCAGCAGCCCACGGAUAUUAAACAAGAGGUUAAUAUUGGUGGUACUCAAAGGUCAUUACCUAUGGAUCCAUCUUCAGUUUAUGGGCCAGGGUUAAUGCAGUCAAAACCUGGAAUGGGAAACACAGGAUUGAACCCUGGACUCAAUGGUCUACCAUUGAAGGGAUGGCCUUUAGCUCAGGGUAUUGAGCAAAUGAGGCCAGGUUUAGGUGCACAGGUUCAAAAGCCUUUCCUUCAGAGUGCUAAUCAAUUUCAGCUCUUACCGCAGCAGCAGCAGCAGCAACUCUUGGCACAGGUCCAAGCACAAGGCAACCUUGGUAGUUCUCCUAUGUACAGUGACAUGGAUCCACAAAGAUUCCGAGGAUUACAAAGGAAUAGUUUAAAUACAAAAGAUGGUCAACCAAUUGCGAAUGAUGGAUCAAUUGGCUCACCCAUGCAGUCAACUUCAUCGAAGAUGAAUAUUCCACAAAUGCAACAGUCUUCUUCCCAACAGCAGGAUGGCUUACAUCCUCAGCAAGUACAACAGAACCGAAAAAGGAAGGGACCUUCAUCAUCUGGUGCUGCUAACAGUACUGGAACAGGGAAUACCCUUGGACCUAACUCCCAACCAUCAACUCCGUCAACUCACACUCCUGGUGAUGGAGCUGUUAUUGCCCCUAAUAUGCAGAAUGUUAAUAGCAUGCAAAAGGGUGGUUUAAUUAUGUAUGGGAAUGAUGGACCGGGAGGCCUUGCAUCAUCCACAAACCAGCUGGAGGACAUGGAACAUCUAGGAGAUAUUGGCUCCUUAGAUGAUAAUGUGGAAUCGUUUUUGUCACAUGAUGAUGGGGAUGGAAGGGAUUUGUUUGGCACGUUGAAGCGGAACCCUUCGGACCAUGCUGCAGAAAACUCAAAGGGUCCUUCUUUUAGUGAAGUUGGUUCCAUGCGUAAAAGCAACAGCAAAGUUGUGUGCUGUCAUUUCUCUUCGGAUGGAAAGUUAUUGGCAAGUGCCGGUCAUGACAAAAGGGUUGUUAUCUGGAACAUGGAGACAUUGCAAACUGAAACCACAUCAGAGGAGCACACUCUUAUCAUUACUGAUGUUCGUUUCAGACCCAAUUCAACUCAGCUAGCAACAUCUUCCUUUGAUACAACUAUUCGACUUUGGGACUCAGCACAACCGACUUAUAGUUUGCAUGCAUAUACUGGACAUAACGCGCAAGUGGCAUCCCUUGAUUUCCACCCUAAGAAGAAUGAGAUUUUCUGCUCUUGUGAUGCAAACAAUGAGAUUCGCUACUGGCACAUCAACCAGGGCUCUACCCACGUCUCCAAGGGUGGCUCUGCCUCUACCCAGGUAAGAUUUCAGCCAAGAAUAGGGCAACUUCUGGCUGCAGCAUCAGAUAGCGUGGUUUCUAUCAUUGAUUUCGAGUCAGACAGGCCAACACUCUCAUUAAAGGGUCACUCAUCAGAGGUACAUUCUGUUUGUUGGGAUACAAAUGGAGAUUAUUUAGCAUCUGUUAGUCGAGAUUCCGUCAGAGUUUGGUCGAUCGCUUCGGGAGAAUGCAUUCACGAGCUCAGUUCCAGUGGAAAUAUGUUCAAUUCUUGCGUUUUUCAUCCAAGCUAUUCCUCACUCUUGGUUCUCGGCGGUUACCAGUCAUUGGAGCUGUGGAACAUGGCUGAGAACAAGUGUAUGACAAUGCCCGCGCACGAAUGCGUGAUUUCAUCGUUGGCUCAAUCACCAGUAACAGGAAUGGUCGCAUCGGCGAGCCACGACAAAUCUGUCAAGAUAUGGAAGUAAGAACACAACUUCUCUGGCAUUAGUUGAGUCAUUUCUGAUUAUACAUAAGUCUAGUAGCUUUUUUCUUUUCCAUUUUUCUCAAAACUGCAGCUAAAAGGCUGAAAAUGGAAUUUUUAAAAGUUGAAAAAAAAAAAAAAAAGUAGAGAAAGAAGAAGAAGAGCUAUUUGCUGUAUUCAAAAUUUACCUUCCAUUUUUCUUCAUCAUUUAGCGUUAUUGUGGAUAAUAAGCGGUGUGGUGUUUUUCCCC